UGCGCAGUCUCCCUUUUCCCCAUGAUAAUAUUGGACCACUUUUCGAAGGUGCCGAGCGAGUUAGAAGUUCUGUUAUCAACGGGAGUUGUCGUCAGGCAUAUGAGUCAUUGAGCAUGAAUUUGUGCAGAACGUAAAUCUGAAUGUAGAACCAGCGCUUGAUUCGCUUCGACUGAAUUGGCCGCACCGCAAUCGUAAAUAAACGCAACAAAUAAUGGAUCUUCGCGAGUGGUCUCCACUGGUGCAAUUGGUUAACGAGCUUCCCGGUACUGUGCAGCGCGGUCUAAUGUUUCACGAUGUUUCGAUCACUUGCGUGGAUCUGGUGGAAGAAUUCAUGGCGCUCGGAACCAACGUGGGCAUAGUAUUUUGGUACAACCGGAAGACUAGCACCGUGAAUCGAUUGCAUGCUGAGGGUUCAAUGCACUUGACCUGUGUGCGAAUAAUCUCAACGGUCGAGUUCAUGGUAGCAGCCGGGUGCGAUCAGGGAAACGUUAAUAUAUUUCAGAUAUCCAAAGAAGCUCCUCCCGAUGUGUGUGCAGAGUUACUGUUAAAAGUGAAACCAAUUGAACGAUACAUACUUCGGGGAUUCCAUAGGUCCGGUAUAACAAGUCUUGCCUGGUCGAAGAAUGGAAUGAAACUAUUUUCUGGGGACACAGCGGGAGCGAUUGUUUUGACGUUGAUUAACUAUCAAUCAAGGACGUGUGAAUCUCAGGAAAUUGUUAAUGAGAAAUACGAGGUUGUUCAAAUGUGUCUACGGAAGGACAAGCUGUUGGUUUCAACGACUUAUCGGACUGUGGUUUGCACUCAGGAAGAUCCCAAAAAGUGGCGCGUUACCCAGGUUGGGAAGAAGGAUCGAAAGCUGUUAAGUUUUUUUGGGGCAAUUUUUCACGAAUAUCAUAAGGAGGUCAAAAUAAUUUCCACCCGAUCAGGGUUUCGCUUGUGGGUGUCCGAUUUCGAAGGCGAUGUUGCACAUACACUUAUUUUCAAAGAGUUGAUGAAGACUCCCACUCAGGAGAUCACAAUGCUGAACCCUAGUAAAUAUCCUAUAAGAAUUCCAACGACGUUUGGAAUACUCCAUACAUUCCAAGAAAAGUAUGUACUUUCUGUGGCCAAUGACAUGCUUUUUGUGCUGGACUUGGAUCAGAUGAAGGUCGUUGCUUCACUAACACGUGCGCGACGGAUUAUGGACAUUGCGGUUUAUAAACAUGAGAUCCUCAUACUGGAAAGCCCACGCUCCCUAAUACGCCUAUCUACACUUCCGGAUAGUAGUCAAGCAACGAUACUGUUCAAAAAUGUUGAACUAUUCGCCACCAGUGAUAGCGACAGCCAAAUUGUGGUAGCUGACGAAUGUCUCGAACACGAACCGGAAGCCAGCAGUGAUGGUGGCCACCACAAUACGAGUGGAGUUGAAGAUCAACGUAACCGUGACAUCGCUGGUGGAGGACAACCGCCGGAAGAAAGCUCAUCAAGUGCGGCGCAUCAUAUAGUAACGCAUCUCAAAAAGCUGGAACUAUUCGAAACGCUCAAUGAACUGAAGUACGACGAAUCGAUACUGUUUAAAAGCGGACGGAAGACGAAGCGGAAGCAUAAAACGAAAAUCAAUCCCAUCGUUGAGAUUGGACAGAUACCGAAGGAGUUUGAGAAUGGAAACGAUGCUAACUGAGGCGCAACGGUCAAGUUUUGGUUUUUGUUAUGAAGUUUAUAUUUUUUUAGUUCGGCACUUAACGGUAGUCGUUUAAGGCGAAUGUCUCAAACAGUUUCAUUUGGGUAACUCAAACCAAUGUGCGUUAGUAUGUCUUUCAAACAGGACUAAGGAACAUAAUUAUGCAUUUGUCGAAAUGUAUCAAUCCAAAUAUGACGGUAAUGUUUGUUUUUCAAAAAGAGGCGGAACAUGUAUAAUUAUAGGAAUAAAAAGGACGAGGUCUCUCAAGCACACGCACGCAUUACGAACUGAAUUAAAGACUUUAUUUGUUAUGGCUUUGAGCUUUUAGUUAAGUAGGUAAUAUACAUGUUUAGUACUAGUGACAAAUACCGGGUAAUAAAAUAUUGCGAAACAUUGCGCGAAUA